AUGGCAAUUAAUACACCGCCAAAUAUUUCUGCUCGAAUCUUCUACGGACUCCGUACUGAAAUUCAAUAUAAUGCGCAUUACUUGAGCGAUUCGGAGAUCAUCUAUGUAGCCGGCGGCGUGAUUGUCAUUCAUAAUCAUCUUCAAAAGAAACAGAAAUUUAUAAGACUUCAAGAUAAACACAAACCUAUAAAGUCGCUGGUGCUUGCUCCUAAUAGACGUUGGCUUGCACUUAACGAAAUCGCCGACGAAGGUCAAAAGCCCAUUAUAACAAUCUAUGACUUGACGACAUACAAAAGACGCAAGAUCCUCACAGUUCCGUUUGAGAACUCGACAGCUAGAGAGUUUGCGUGCGUCCAGUUCACUUACGAUUCAAAAUAUCUUGUGGCGAUAACGGGAGAGCCGGACUGGUACCUCUAUUAUUACAACUGGGACAAAGGAAAAGUGGAAAGCCACGCAAAGGCACAAAACCCAAGUGGUCAAGGGAUCGUUGAGAGCGUACAGUGCAAUCCGACUGACGCGACAUUGGUCGUCGUUACCGGACCAUAUACGUUUCGUAUCAUGAACGUAUCCGAAACUGUUUGGCGUCAAUGGGGAUGGUGUAAAGCAGAAAAUAUCAACAUCACUAGCUGCAUGUGGCUCACGCCUGAUCGAAUCUUGUUUGGGACUGAUAGCGGCGUCAUAAUGAUGGUCGAGAACGGCGAAUUGCGCCAAAACUGUGUUUUUCGGGCAUUCGAUGUCCUCGAAAUGUCUCUCAAGAAAGUCGAAGCAGAAUCUGAGGAAAGUGACAAAACGAGUACUGGCAGCAAGCCUGAAACAACAAGCGACCAGGCCCUCGCAGAGUCUGAAACAUACCCUGUUACCUGCUUUGUUAAUUUUCAAAAAGGGUUAGCUUAUUCAUGUGGCCCCGGCUAUGUUCAUAUGUUCGAAAAAGAGACAAUUCAUCACUGGAGAAAGAGAAAUGUGUUCAGAAUCUCAAAGAAGUCUUAUAAACAUACCAGAGAACAUCCAAUGUGGUCACCUUUAGACGAUAUCCAACAUAUAACAAUCGAUCCGAACCAAGAAACACUGCUCAUAACGACGUUGCGUAAACAGUUGUAUAACGUUAAGUUGUUUGGCCAACACAUGCUUCAGAAUCCAGAAAUAGCUUUUACCGAACUUGGUCCAUCGAUGCACUACGGCAGAAUAAACUCCCUUUCAAUGUGUGCUUGGAAGCCCAUAUUUAUGACAUCUGGCGAAGAAGACAAAAGCAUCCGAAUAUGGAAUUACAUGACGGAUGACGUGGAAUUGAUCAAACUUUAUCAGGAAGAGAUUCAUUGCGUGUCGCUGCAUCCGACUGGGUUAUUUGCUAUCGUUGGAUUUUCCGAUAAACUACGUUAUAUGGUUGUGCUUAUUGACGAUUUCGAAGUGAUGCGAGAAUUUCCAAUACGAAAUUGCAAACAAGCGAAAUUUAGCACAAAUGGACACCUAUUUGCCGCUGUCAACGGUCAAGUGAUACAAGUUUUCUCCUCAGUGUCAUUCCAAAACGUAUUUAAUUUAAAGGGACACAAUGGUAGAAUAACUUGUUUGGCAUGGUCGGCUAAUGAUCUUACUUUGGUAUCAUGCGGAACGGAGGGAGCUGUUUACGAAUGGAGUAUGUCCACGGGACAACGCGUCGGUGAAGUUAUACUCAAAACGAAUCAGUUCACUGCUUGUGCCAUCAACAGCAUCGGGAAGACGACAUAUGGUGUUGGCACCGAUGGAGAAAUUAAAGAAAUCGGUUCCAAUACGAUUAGAAGAAAUUUGGGAUUAAUCGGAUGCGCCUUGGACACGAUUCUUCUGUCCCGUUCAGACAUGAUGCUUUUCAUUACUGGCGGGGAGGGAGGGGUCACGACCGUCCAGCUCCCACUCCUUGAUAAAGCAAUUUACAAUGAAUUUCAUAUGCACAACAAGAAAGUUACCGCAAUCGCCUUGGCAUAUGACGAUCAAACGCUCGUGUCCGUCGCAGAAGAUUCCUCCAUCUGUUUGUGGCGUCUUACAAACGCUGAUGGCAGGGCCAUAGCAUUAGACAAAGAUUUUGCGUACUCAAAGGAGAUUUUGAUAAGUAAGAAAGAUUUACAAGAGAAAAUUAACAAUAUAAAUUUGCUUAGUACAAGAAUGAGUGAGCUUGAAACCGAACAUACUUACCAGCUUCGCCAAGCUGAGGCCACUCAGGCUGAGAAGCUGAAAGAAGUCCACGAAGGUUACUGCGCUGCUAUUGAAGAACUUAAAGAGAAAAAUGAGACAAUGGAAAAUGAGCACACACAUGAAAUUGGAAUGAUUCAACAAGAUAUUGCGAAGUUACGUUCAAGCCAUGAAAGAACUCUUCAAGCGUUAGAGGCGGAUUUCAAUGUUAGACUCAUAAGUGAGUACGACAGAUACCAGAGUUUAGAAGAUAAAACGGCUCGAAUGAGAAAGGAAUAUGAAAGUCUGCUAGAAGGGCUUGCAGAAAGUAAACGUCAAGCGCUUCGUGAACUAAAUGAAAAGUUCGAAGCCAAACUAGAAGAAAAGGAACUUAUUUUGCUCGAGCUGCAAGAACAAGCUGAUAUGGCAAAGAAGGAACAUGAAACAAUAAAAGCUUCAAUCGAAGAAGACGCCGAUCGCGAGAUUAUUGAAAUCAGAACCACUUACGAGGCCCAACUGAAAGAAGAAAAAGAUGCAAAUGUUAGGCUCAAGGGAGAAACGGGUUUAAUGAAAAAGAAACUGAUCGCUGCAAAUAAGGAAAUUGAUGAAUUUAAGCAUCAAGUGUCUCAGUUAAAAGCGGAGCAUAAGCAAUUUCAAAAAGUUAUAUCAACGUUGGAACGAGAUGUAGCGGAUUUAAAAAAGGAAAUUUGCGAGCGAGAUGGAACGAUUCAAGAUAAAGAAAAAAGAAUCUAUGAAUUGAAAAGGAAAAAACAAGAAUUGGAAAAGUAUAAAUUUGUGUUGAAUUUUAAAAUAACUGAAUUAAAGAAUCAAAUAGAGCCGUUAGAGCGCGAAAUAAAAGAGAAAAAAGUACGAAUCCUCGAAUUAGAAGUAUCGCUCGAAAACCUGUUGAAGCAAAAAGCUUCUCGCGAGCUUUCUAUUAAUCAGUUGAACGAAAAAUUGUCAUCUGCUAAAAAAGAUUAUUUAGCUGAAGCCGAUAGGAACUUAAACUUAAAGAAUACAUUAAAAAAAAUUAAGAUUGAUCUCCACAACAUGUCCGCGAACCUACAAGACCCUACAAAAUUGAAAUUGAGUGUCAAGGCCUUAUUUCACAAGUACGUGGAGGACGCGGAAUUUCUCCGGAGCCGUGUGGCUGAGGACGAAGCGGUGCGGGAGUUCAAUCGUCAGCGUGAUCAUCUGGAGAAGCAGAUCGCUGCACUUAAAGAACAAUUAGCCAAAUCGCUAGGCGGGUCCAAAAGCGACAUCACAAAAAUUAUGGAUGAAAACUGUACUCUUCUAUCCGAGAUUAACAACUUGCGCACUGAGCUCAAAUCAACGCGGUCACGAUGCUUCCAAAUGGAGUCUAUUCUAGGACUUUCAGCUCGCUACGUCCCACCUGCAGCAGCACGGGCUAAACUCAAGGAGGUUACAGAGGAUCGUCAAAAACUCGAUGAAAAUUUUAAACAAAAACUAGAGGAAAGAGAAGAAGUUAUAAUGGCGUUAAAAGAAGAAAACGAGCGUUUACUCGCGAAGUUCCAAUGUCCAUCGGCGCCUGAUCAACAAGUUCAUAAU